GCCUGCCUGAUCCUUCACAUUUCUUGCAGAGAUAACAUUACAGAGAAUGUCCAUGCUUCAUUAUUAAGGAGACACAGCGCUGUUCAAAUGGUUCAGAAAUACCGGGACUAAAAAAAAGGCAAAUAAGUAGCUCUUUGACACACCAUAUUGGACAGACAUAAAUGGAUGGACAGAGAGAUAUUACCAUUCAGAAUUCACUUGUCUACCAGUGAGAAGCAUCAGUGGAUAUAAUGGGCAACACAACACAUAAACCUUUAGAAGAUGUGACUCUACCGCCCCACCCUGUGGUGAGCAGGCAGUACUUCACCCUGCAGGGUGGCAGCGGCGGGGGAGAGGGUUCGGGGGUAGAGAGGCGGACGUCGGUCUCCCCAGUGAUCCUCAGUCUGGAGCCGCCCAGGUUCCACCCUCAGGCCAAGGGGAAGAACAUCAGGCUGGACGGUCAGCUGAGACGAGCGACCAGGAAGAACAGCUUCUGCAACGGAAUCACCUUCAGCCAACGACCUGUUAGACUCUAUCAGAAGGUGCGUCUGCGUCUGUCCGGUGUUCACAACGGCUGGAGCGGCGCUCUGCGGUUCGGUUUCACCAGUCUGGACCCUAGCGAGCUCAACUCCUCCAACAUCCCCAAGUACGCCUGUCCGGACCUGGUGACGAGGCCGGGUUACUGGGCCAAAGCCCUGCCGGAACGCCUGGCGAUCCGCAACAACGUCCUGUCCUUCUGGGCCGACAGACACGGCCGUGUGUUCUACAGUAUCAACGAGGAGGAACCCGUCCUCUUCCACUGUGGUCUGAGUAUAGGAUGUCCUCUCUGGGCCAUCAUAGACAUCUAUGGUCUCACCCAAGAGGUUACACUGCUAGAGAGCAAGUUUGCAGAGAGUGUGGGGUCCAGUUGUCUGUCUGCGGCCCGUCUCAGUGCCUACCUCCCUCAGAGCAGCCACGACUCCGCAAACUACAACAACAACCAGCUUGAGAACAACCAGGCCGCCGCUAAAAUGGCGACGUUGCAGCUCAACAACUACAGCUCAAAUUCUCUCAACAACUACAGCCAGAUGAUCCCCUGUUGUACCACAUCUUCCGCCACCACAUCAUCAUCAUCAUCAUCCGUCCCAUUCUCCGCCCCCCGGUUGGUCCGAGCCGGGCUCCCCUCGCAGCUCGACACCGACCUCCACUUCCAUCCAGUCCGUGGCCCGGACGUCAUCCUGUCAGCUGACCGCUCUGCAGCGUGUAUCCACUUCCUUGAGUCUUCGAGGACUCUGGUGUUCUCAGAUCGCCCCCUACGGGUCAGGGAGACGCUCUACGUCGAGGUCGGUCAUCUCGGCCUGCCUUACUUCGGGGCGCUCCUUUUCGGACUGACCUCCUGCGAUCCGGGGUCCCUCCAUGCUGGGGAACUUCCUGCCGACCCAGAGGUGCUGCUGGACAGGAAGGAGUACUGGGUGGUGUACCGCGGAUUCCCAAUGCCCUGCUCCGGGGACGUUCUGUCCUUCAGCCUGACACCCAGCGGUGAGGUGCAUCAUGGGGUCAAUGGGGCGGCCAGAGGGAGGCUGUUGUGUGUCGAUUCAUCACAGAAACUCUGGGCCUUCUUUACCCUGCAUGGAGCGGUCAACAGACUCAGGAUACUGGGCACUCUCCAGUCCAGCCCUUCCUCUCCUUCCUCCCAGAGCAGUAGUAGUAGCAGUAGUAGUCCAGACGACAGUGAUUCAGACCUGGCCUUCAGCGUCAACAGAUCCUCCUCCGAGUCCUCCCUGGUGACGGCCCCCAGCUCCCCUCUCAGCCCCCCUGUCUCCCCCACCCUGUCUCCCCCACCCUGUCUCCCCCACCCUGUCUCCCCCACCCUGUCUGCCCCAGAGCUGCCUUCUGGCGGUAAGAACGGGGAGUGCACAGUCUGUUUCGACCAGGAAGUGGACACAGUCAUCUACACCUGUGGUCACAUGUGUCUGUGUAACAGCUGUGGGCUAAAGCUGAAGAGACAGGUCAAUGCCUGCUGUCCAAUCUGCCGCAGGUCCAUUAAAGACGUCAUCAAGACAUACAGACCAUGACGGGGACAUUACUGCAGCAGGUCUAUUAAAGACGUCAUCAAGACAUACAGACCAUGACGGGGACAUUACUGCAGCAGGUCUAUUAAAGACGUCAUCAAGACAUACAGACCAUGAUGGGACCGGGACAUUACUGCAGCAGGUCUAUUAAAGACGUCAUCAAGACAUACAGACCAUGACGGGGACAUUACUGCAGCAGGUCUAUUAUUAAAGACGUCAUCAAGACAUACAGACCAUGAUGGGACCGGGACAUUACUGCAGCAGGCAUUGUCUAGAGCAGGGAUAUUCAAUUCUGACCCUACGAGAUCCGGAGUACUUGCUGGUUUCCUGUUCUACGUUAUAAUUCAUUGCACACCUGUUGUCCCGGGUCUAUAAUCAGUCCUUGAUUAGAGGGGAAUAUAUAUUUUUGUUUAUAAGCAGUGGAACUGGCUUUGAGUUCCAGAUGUAUUAUUUGAGGGCUAUAGAGAUAGACUGGACACUAUUUCAACAGGCCCAUCAAGGUCAUCAUUAAGCCCUACCAUCCACGAGAGGAGGAACUACUGGGACAGGGCAGGCAGGGCUCUGUCUCCACCCCAGAGACGUCUCUUACCAAACUGGACACUCUACACUACAGCAGUUCAUCAAGGACCUCCCUCAUCAAGACAUAUUGGCCCUGAUAGACUGGACACACUGCCGCAGGCAGGCAGACUCUCUCUCUCUCUCUCUCUCUCUCGCUCUCUACCCGAGACUCUGUCUCUCUCUCUAUCUGAGACUUUCUCUCUCUCUCUCUCUCUCUCUCUCUCUCUCUCUCUCUACCCGAGACACUCUCUCUCUCUCUCGC